UACAGAGAUUAGUAGGCAACAAACGGCGGGCGCGACAACAACCGGAAACCGGAAGUAAACAUUUUUAGUGAUUUGCAGUGUGUGUGCGGCGCCAUUUUGCAAUUAGCAAUGCGUUCAAAUUAAAAUUUAGAAACUUUAGAAGCGGAAAUUAAAUGCUAGCUAAACAAAAUCAAUUUAAAUAAAAAAAAACAAACUAACUCUAUAUAAACUAAAAGAAAAACGUUGUAAAUUUGUUGUCUACACGCGCUGUUGCAUAUAAAAUAGUUAAAGUGCAUUUCCUAAAUAUACCGACUUUUUUAACUCCAUUUGUUGCAUUGGAUCAACGAUCACCAUUGACGGUGGAGUCCUCCUGCCCCAAACGCAAAAAAUGCGAUAUGGAUCGAGAGCGCGAAAGAGAUGCAAAGGGCCUCGAGCCGCGCGAUUUAUCCUCCACGGGCCGCAUCUAUGCCCGCAGCGAUAUUAAAAUCAGCGCUUCGCCCACCGUUUCGCCAACGAUCUCAAAUUCCUCAUCGCCCACACCGACGCCGCCCGCCAGCUCCUCUGUGACGCCGCUGGGCUUGCCCGGCGCGGCGGCGGCUGCCGCUGUGGCCGCUGCCGCAGCGGCUGCUGCGGGCGCCGGACCUGGCGGUGGCGCCACGGCCGGGGCCAGUUCCUAUUUGCACAACCACAAGCCCAUCUCGGGCAUACCCUGUGUGGCGGCCGCGUCUAGGUAUACGGCGCCGGUGCACAUCGAUGUCGGCGGCACAAUCUACACGAGCUCUCUGGAGACGCUUACCAAAUAUCCCGAAUCGAAGCUGGCCAAGCUAUUCAAUGGACAGAUACCCAUUGUGCUCGACUCGCUGAAGCAGCAUUAUUUCAUCGAUCGGGAUGGUGGCAUGUUUCGCCAUAUACUUAACUUUAUGAGAAACUCAAGACUAUUGAUUGCCGACGAUUUUCCCGACCUUGAGCUCUUGCUCGAGGAGGCCCGCUACUACGAAGUGGAGCCCAUGGUUAAGCAGCUGGAGAGUAUGCGCAAGGAGCGCGUUCGCAAUGGCAACUAUUUGGUGGCGCCACCCACACCGCCAGCACGUCACAUUAAGACCAGCCCAAGGACUAGCGGUGCGCCCGAGUGCAAUUAUGAGGUGGUCGCGCUUCACAUCUCACCGGAUCUGGGUGAACGCAUUAUGCUGUCGGCGGAACGGGCGCUGCUCGACGAGCUCUUCCCGGAGGCCAAUCAGGCAACGCAGUCGAGUCGGAGCGGCGUCUCCUGGAAUCAGGGCGAUUGGCGCCAAAUCAUCCGCUUCCCACUCAACGGCUAUUGCAAGCUCAAUUCCGUGCAGGUGCUCACACGGCUGCUGAACGCCGGCUUCACCAUCGAGGCCAGCACCGGGGGCGGCGUCGAGGGGCAGCAGUUCUCCGAGUAUUUGCUGGUGCGUCGCGUUCCAAUGUGAUAGGCUCCAUGUCCAGGUCAACGUCAGCGUCAACGUUCUGGGCACUGUGUAAUCGUAAUCUUUGUGCGAGUUGCGCACUAAUUGCUGCCCUUUAGGCGGCUCUUGGGGGUUUUCC